CCAGGCAGUGCCUAAAUUCUGUUCUAUCUCCUUGCUGGACAGUGCGCUCCAGCGCUACUGGCUGAGCCUCGCCGACACAGAGGAGCACCAAUGGUCUUCAAGAUUUGGUCUUAUUGUGGACGGAUUUGCAGUAUUUGCAGACAGACAUAUCAAUUCUUCAGAAAUCUAUCUAUGAGCCUCAAAGGUUUCUGGGAUGAUAAUGUGAAGAGCCGCAUUUUUGUCACACAAGCAGAAGAGCAUCGAACCUCCACAACUGACAGACUUUUUCACAAAGAAAAAAUCAUGGAACUUGGCAGAGUGCUGAGGAAUACCAGACAACCCUUUGAAAAGAGAGCCCAAGCUGCCCAGAAAAUUGGACUACUGUCUUUCACAGGAGGCAGGAAUGCUGCACAGUUCGCCAGCGAGUACAUGAGAGAAGUUGUUUCCUUGCUGCAGAGUGAAAAGAUGAUGUCAUUUAAGUCAAAGAUUCUGCUGCUCCAGGGCUUGGCAUGUUGGUGCUAUUUAAACCCCGAGAACCAGAAGAGCACCAAACAACUGCAGCUCAUUCCUCUUUUCAUUACUAUCUUUGAGACUCCCUACCAAUCCACCAACAAGAAUGAACUAAACAGCCGCCUCCUCUUCCAGUUUUGGGCCUGCUAUGCCCUCUCCACUAUUACCUGUAACAACUUCACCAUCAUAAAGGAGCUGAGAUGCUACAGAUCUCUAAAAUACCACCUGCAGAUCUUGGCUAUGGAGAACUGGUCUGGGUGGUCUGAAAAUUUUGCCGAGGUCUUAUAUUUCCUUAUAGGUUUUCACAAGAACUAA